UCCUUUUCGGAAAAUUGACGUCACGCAAACGCCAUUUUGUAAAGUGUCCGCCGUAGUCAGUUUUCUGGGCACAGUGUAAAAUACGUAAUUCGCAUGGUUUUGUGUACAUUUAAAACAUAAAGACAAUCAAAAUCACAGUUAACGUCUCGUACGUUAAUCUCACAGACACAAAGUAUGGAGGACAAGGCGUCAUUAAAAGAACUGGAUCAGUGGAUAGAACAACUAAACGAAUGCAAGCAAUUGACAGAAAAUCAAGUAAAAACGUUAUGCGACAAGGCAAAGGAGAUCCUUACAAAGGAGUCUAACGUCCAAGAGGUGAAAUGCCCGGUGACCGUCUGCGGGGAUGUCCACGGACAGUUCCACGAUCUUAUGGAGCUGUUCCGCAUCGGCGGCCGUUCCCCUGACACCAACUACCUAUUCAUGGGAGACUACGUCGACCGUGGCUACUACAGCGUCGAGACCGUCACAUUGCUCGUCGCACUUAAGGUCCGAUACCGCGAGAGAAUAACCAUCCUCCGCGGAAACCACGAGUCGAGGCAGAUCACCCAAGUAUACGGCUUCUACGACGAAUGCCUCCGCAAAUACGGCAACGCGUCCGUAUGGAAGCACUUCACCGACUUGUUCGACUUCCUGCCCCUGACUGCGCUGGUGGACGGUCAGAUCUUCUGCUUGCACGGAGGCCUCAGCCCCUCCAUUGACACGCUCGACCACAUUCGCGCCCUCGACCGCCUGCAGGAAGUGCCGCAUGAAGGACCCAUGUGCGAUCUGCUCUGGAGUGACCCUGAUGAUAGAGGCGGAUGGGGCAUAUCGCCGCGUGGCGCCGGCUACACUUUCGGCCAGGACAUCUCGGAGACGUUCAACCACAGCAACGGGUUGACGCUGGUCUCCAGGGCCCAUCAGCUCGUCAUGGAGGGCUACAACUGGUGCCACGAUAGAAAUGUCGUCACUAUAUUCUCAGCACCCAAUUACUGCUAUAGAUGCGGUAACCAAGCCGCCAUUAUGGAAUUGGAUGAUGCGCUUAAGUACUCAUUCCUUCAGUUCGACCCGGCUCCGCGACGUGGCGAGCCGCACGUCACGCGACGGACGCCAGAUUAUUUCAUGUAGGCUGCACAGGAGGCGCAUAUGAAGGGGGCGGCAAGCGUGCGGGGCCUGGCGUGCGCGCGACUGCCCCGCCGCGCUUUCAUUUGUAAGUGGUUGUCACCAGUCGAGUCGUUAGGUUCUUGCCGUUCACUGUGCAUUCGCUCCGCGCUAGUUAUGCUGGUAUGUUCAUGUCCUGCGGAGCCCCGGCCUCCGUCGAUAUCCCGAUGUACCGGACACUAUUGGACCUCAUUAAACUCGUACGUUUACUAAAACGGUAGUUUUAUUUCGCUCUCGUCUCGCAUCCCUCGGAUCGACAGCGACCUAUGGACAUACCAUCAUAAUGUUAUCUUUGGUGACUAAAUGUGCGCCCUAUUGGAUUCCCAUAAAGCUUAUGAUCUUACAUCUAAUGUGCAGUAAUGGAACUUAUAAUUAGUGAAACAACAUAAUUAUUGUCAAUCUAGCAAAUGUAUGAUGUUUUUCGAUUUAAGUUACUGUAGAUCAAAAUCUGUCGAAGUGCAUCCUGUAAUUUUGUAUUUUUAGUUGCUUUACAAAUGAACUAUUAAAAGAUUUUUUUACAAUUUGAUAUUUACAUUACACAAUACUACAUACUACGGGGGUAUUGAUCUGUCGAGGUCUACAAAGCAAUAGCAAGCAUUUAGUUUUAUGACAGAAUGGCAUUAUGUAAUUAUUUUUAUUUUAUAAUUAUUAUACAAAAUAAAUUUAGUUCGACUGUAAGUCUGUAAAAGUAUUAGGAUUUUUAAUUGUUUAUAUACCCCAGUGCAAUCAUUCUGUCAUAAAAUGUCUGAGAGAACAAGUUCUGCAUUUUGAGAUUUAUUAUUCAAAAUUCUCCUUUUCUUGUGCCACAGUACCUGUAUGACAUGGAAUAGUGAUUCACAAGAGUGGAGCUUUAAGUUCUUUUUAUUCUAUAUUUGAUUAUAAAAUAAAUAAUUUUAGGUAAUUGUGUAAAUACCUAAAGAUCAAGGCACCCGAGAGGUUGUUAUUGUUUAAACUAAGUGUCGAAUACUUUCCCAUUAAUGUACUCAAUUCAUAAAGGAGGUAAGUAACUAAAUAUAUUAAUAACAAUUUUAUAUGAGAUCAUUGCGAACUGGGAAAUUGUUUUAUAACAUCUUAGGAUAGAAAUUCGUAACAAGGGGGUUAUAUUGAAAGUGUUGAAGCAUGUUUUUUAAGAUUACAUACUCACUAAUUAGCCCUGGUUUCCUUAUACAAAGCAUUUUUUUUCUAUUUAUAGAAUAACUGACAAAAGCAAUUUUUUUAUUCCAUUUUCCAUGUAGAAAACGUGUACUUAUUUUAGAAUCUGAACAGUGGACAGUUUCUUUUGUCAGUGCCAUCUUUCAAUUUAAAAUAAAAUUUCAGAUUUAUAAAAUAAUUGUAAUAUUAUUUUUAUUUCCUAAAUUAAACGCGUGCGUACUAAUUAUACAAAGACCUUACCCACCAAUGACACCUGAAGCCACACGUUUCGUUGAUCUAAGUAUUAAGUAUGUAAGUUAUAGAUAAAAAAUAAAAUAUAAUAUCCUUAAAGAAAAAAAAAAUAACAAAAAAAAAAUGAGAAUGUAUGGCGACCCUCGUUCGCGUGAAAUAAACAAUGGAUAACUGUAGCACAAGUUUGAUUUCUCUGCUUUUGGCAUUAUUUCACCCGAUCGAAGCUCGUGUAAAAUUAAGGCUUUCCUGGCAAACUGCAUAGGCGAUCGACAUAACUAUUGAGAAACUCUUGAUCUUUUGUAUGCAUGGUGUGUUCAUGUAUAAAUGGGACUGGAUACUGUUGAUAAUGCGCCGACUACAGAUAAACAUACUUCCAUCUGGAUUCGCUACACAAUGGCAAUAAUUUAAAAUGUAAACACAGUACGGUAAAUAAUUAUUCUUGCAACGUGUACUAUGCCUGUUGAUAGGAAUUAGAUAUAAUAAAUAAAAUUAAUUAUAAAA